GUGUGUGUGUGUGUGUGUGUGUGUGUGUGUGUGUGUGUGUGUGUGUGUGUGUGUGGAGAAAAGCAAAGCAGUUGUUUCCGAUGAAAAAAUAAAUACAUAAAACAGUUAGAAAUGGGCAACGUAGACAUAUUUUGCUCAGAUAAAGGGAACUGCUAGCCACAGACUCCACAGAGGAAAAUAAAGGAGAUUUUAUAAAAAUGUGUUCACGGCGCUUCUGAAUAUCUCAUUUGGGGAUGUGACCAGGCAGGUGUAAACAGGUCUCUUUGGAUUGGGGAUGUGACCAGGCAGGUGUAAACAGGUCUCUUUGGAUACCAGUAUUUGUUGCAGUGCUGCCACAUCCUGCAAUGGCUGCAAACAGCCCCCCGGUGCCCCUGAAGAAGUUCUGCCCGCUGUACUACCUGCUGAAUGCCAUCCCAGCCAAGGUGCAGAAAGGGUUCCGCUCAGUGCUGGUGUACCUGACCGCUCUGGAUGCAGCAGUGGGCAGCAGUAUUGGGAUGCUCUAUCUGUACUGCAGGAGGCUGAACCAGAUGAAGAAAUACAACCUGGAGGGGAAGUCGGAAUCCAUUACCACGGUGAAACUGUUGAGCUGCUUCGAUGAUCUAGUGGCUGUUGGCACAGCUUCGGGCAGAGUGGUGCUCUUCCAGCUGGUCUGCCCUUUGCCUGGGAGAAACAAACAGCUGCGGCGCUUUGAUGUGGUCGGCCUUCACAAAAGCACCGUGACUGCUCUAGCUUGGAGUGCUAAUGGAAUGAAAUUAUUCUCUGGGGAUGACAAAGGCAAAAUUGUCUAUUCUUCUCUGGAUCUGGACCAGGGUGUUUGUAACCCCAGUGUGCUGCUGGAGGAGCAGUCUGCUGUAGUGCAGCUGGACUACAGUCAGAAAGUGCUGCUGGUGUCGACCUGCCAGCGCUGUCUGCUUUUCUACACAGAACACAACGCAGUCCAGCAGAUCGGAACCAAGCCCAGGAAAAGCAGUGGCAGAUUCGGGGCCUGUUUCCACCCCUGCCUGUGCAAGCAGAGUGAGAGCCAGAGGCAGCUGGGGCAGGUGUUCUGCUUCCUCAGGGAGGGCUGGCUGCUCAGCUGGAAUGAGUACAGUGUGUACCUGGUGGAUUCAGGGAGCCAGACUGUUAUUGGGGGUUUGGAAGGAUCUGGCGACAUUGUGUCUGUCUCGUGCACAGAGCAUGAGAUCUUUCUGUUGAAGGGAGACCGCGAUAUCAUAAGGAUUUCAAACCGUCCGGAAGGACUGCCAUCAACAGAUUCAGCUUCGAGACUAAACAGUCCUCUCGCUACAAUCCCGUCCAUACUGACACCAACAGGGCCCGUGGAGACCGCCCAGCAGAUCAGAACAAUGUCAAUCAUUUCAGAAUUUGGGGACAAAAGGACAGACGUGCUGCUGCUGGCACGGGACGACCAGGAGCCUGCAGUGCUGUGGCACAGGCCGCCGGAGUCCCAGGCCGGCGAUCCGAUAGGAAUUGUGACGGAGCCGAGUACCGAACUGGGGCAGAAAGGGAGCCCGGUCACCAGCGAGACCAGGAGCCGCAGCAGCUCUGUCAACUCCUGGGACAGUGCGGUGGGGCUGGGGGCCACUGUGGACCACACAGCCUCCGAAGUGUCUGCGGACAGUCCCCACUCCUCUGCACGGUUCAGCGCCAUCAGCGUGGAGGAAUUCGCCCAGGAGCUGGUGGUCAAGUCCAUCAAAGUGAAGAAGAAGAACAAGAAGAAGAGGAGGCAAGACAGUGGAAACCAGAUGUCUGAAAACAGCUGGUCUGACGGGGUGUUCGUUCCAGAGAGCGACGGCCCCAGCACCCUGGCGUGUGACUUCCUGUCGGACAGGACCAGCCUCCUGGGCAGCAGCCUGGACCUGCAGAGCACGGACUCCCCGGACAGAGUGAGCCUGGUGCAGGAGGACAACUGCUCCGACGUGUUCAGCGUGCUUCAGUCUCCAGAGCUCGUCUCCAUCGCCCCAAACAAAGAGCUCGACACAGACCUGCUCAGUGCUGCUGAACUUCAACAUGCUGGACCGAGAGAGCGCUUCGUACCCGUUUCACCUCCUGCCUCGUUUACACCCCUGGAAUCAAGGGAUGCUCAGACCGAAACCCCCACAUGUUUACAGUCAGAAGACCACAAGCUGCUUCAAAGUGGUCAAGAACGCCCUGCUGACAGCGCUGUUCCAGAUCUUCAGAAUCACAUGCAAAAUUGGGAAAGUGUUGCUCGUAACCAGACUGCCUCCGAAUGUUACAGCUGGAGCUCACAGUCUGCUGAGGACAGCAAGCCCAGGGAGGUGGGUACUGCAUCAGCAGAGCCUACAAACAGACAGUCAUCCAGUUCAGAGGGGCCACUGUUUCCCUCAACGCACGCUCCCUUUGCAGGAGAGGAAGCUGAACCCCCGAACAGGUCCGACAGUCAGGAGAUGUAUCCAGAGGACUUGGUGAAUCUGAGCGAUGCAAUGAAUGAUGCCACUGAAUGUGAAUCGGUCCGUUAUGUGAGAACUGAGACGUGUAAUCAGGAGCCAGUGUCGCUCUCAAGCGAUGACGAAGAUAUCUACGGCCACGGAAUGUCGCAUUCUUGCUCGAAGACCAGUAUGGCUGAUGGCGUCUCUGGUACAAGUCAUCCUGAAGACCAAAUGAAAUCCAGUCUAGAUGAUUCAAGCCUUUUCAGAUCUGAUCAGUUUGCAGAGAGUUGGAUGGGCUACUCUGGCCCUGGCUAUGGAAUCCUGAGCCUGGUGGUCUCGGAGAAGUAUAUCUGGUGUCUGGAUUUCAAAGGGGGUCUCUACUGCAGCGCCUUGCCCAGUGCAGGACUGCGGUGGCAGAAAUAUGAGGACAUUGUCCAGCAGGUGGCAGUAUCUCCUUCAGGUGCGCUGCUUUGGAAGAUUGAGCUGAAAACCAACAAGGCGUUCGCUUGUGCAAAAGUAACAAUAAAGGGAAAAAGACACUGGUACGAGGCCCUGCCUCAGGCAGCCUUCAUAGCCUUGAGUGACGACACCGCCUGGAUCAUUCGGACCAAUGGAGACCGGUACCUCCAGACAGGGCUGAGUAUCGAGCGUCCGUGUGCCCGAACGGUGAAGGUGGACUGCCCCUGCCCUCUGUCCCAGAUCGCCUCCAGAGACAAUGUGGUGUGGGCCCUGACCGAGCAGAGAGCUGUGUUCUGUAGAGAAGGGCUCAGCAGCUUCUGCACGGAGGGGGAGCGGUGGAAGUACGACGCAGUCAGUGAAAGACAGGGACUGGAACCUGUGUGCAUUUCUCUGGGAGACCACCACACCGCCUGGGCUCUGGACACCAAUGGGAAUCUCUGGUUCAGGACCGGAGUCACUCCAAAGAAACCUCAAGGGGAGGACGAUCACUGGUGGCAGGUGAGCAUCACAGAUUACGUGGUGUUCGAUCAGAGCAGCCUCUUCCAGACGAUAAUCCACGCCUCGCACACCCUGGCAAGUGCCGCCCAGGCACCAGUGGAGAAGGUAGCUGAUAAACUGCGAGUGGUGUUCUGGACACAGCAGCCUCAGUGCCAGCCCAGCCUCAUCAGCGUCAACACUGGUGGGGUCUGGAUCACCUCUGGGAAGAAUGUCUCCCGUGAGAGGUUUAAACGCGAGGGCUGUGCGCAGCGUGAGAGGUUUAAACGCGAGGGCUGUGCGCAGCGUGAGAGGUUUAAACGUGAGAGGUUUGAGGGCUGUGCGCAGCGUGAGAGGUUUAAACGCGAGGGCUGUGCGCAGCGUGAGAGGUUUAAACGCGAGGGCUGUGCGCAGCGUGAGAGGUUUAAACGCGAGGGCUGUGCGCAGCGUGAGAGGUUUAAACGCGAGGGCUGUGCGCAGCGUGAGAGGUUUAAACGCGAGGGCUGUGCGCAGCGUGAGAGGUUUAAACGCGAGGGCUGUGCGCAGCGUGAGAGGUUUAAACGCGAGGGCUGUGCGCAGCCCAUGCUUUUAGAAGAGGUGCAUGAAUUAGUCGUCUCUCAGCCUGCCUUCUCUGCCAUUCUGUUAUUGAGGUCUAAUAGGACGGCUGACCUGAAUGGAGAAUAUCAGGAGAGCCGUGAGCAGCCAGUUGGGAUGCACCUGGUGAGUGUUCACACCAGUCCCAAUGACAAAAUGUUGUGGGCCGUUGACAGUAAAGGGAAUGUCCACGUGCGGACUGGAAUCACAGAGGACGUGCCUGUGGGGACUGACUGGGAGCACAUACCAGGGCUGCAGGCAGGAGAGCUGACGGUGAGCAGUAGGACAGUUUGGGUGCGUUGUCCUAAUGGCGAUGUUGCUCGGCGAUACGGCAUUACCGAUAAAAACCCAGCCGGAGAUUACUGGAAGAAAGUCCCUGGAUGUGUUGCUUGUUUGACAGUGACUCCUCUGGAUGAGCUGUGGGCCAUCAGCCAGUCAGGGGGUCUGAUUCAGCGCCUCACCAAGACCUUCCGGCAUGACAGCACUUCAGCAAAGCCCAGCGGCAGUGCAGUGUCCGUUCAGUCCGAGGACUUGGAGGAGGAAUGGGAAGUCAUAUAGAGAUGACAGGAGAAGCACUCUCUGAGGAACUUUGAACAAACGUGUUUAUACUGUAUAGUUAACACAUGACUUUGCCUAUUACCUGUAUUAAUACAUGUAUAAAUUAUACUGACCUUUUUAUAAAUUCCGUUCUACCUUUUAAUAGCCGUGUGUGCUGUUUCAUGAGGGCAGUCUGUUGAUGGUUCACAGUGCAUUCAUUGUAUAGUAAUCGCUAUCCAGUUGAGUAAUUGCACUAGUUAUUUUAUCGACUCACUAGACACUGUAAAGGUAACCCAGAUGUUUCUCAGCGUUGCUCGCCUUUGCUGUGUAUUUCCGUACUUUGGCACCGAUCUGCUUCCAUGUUCAUUUUAGAUUAUUUUCUAUUCAGGUCCUGGGAGCUUGCAGGGAAUGUACAGAGUGCAUCUUAAAAGCACUGUUUCGAAAGCCAGCCCUGUAAUCAGUUGAAGGUAACUUGCGUCAGAACUGUAUUAGGGUUUGUUUAAUGAUGGUUUUUGUUUUUCAUUUUAAUAAAUAAUGUGCAAACUU